GCCGGAACGCCGCGGGCGGCGUUGGGUUGCUGCGGUGGUCGCGGUUCCCAGGUGAGCGGCGCGCGGGCGACCCUUCCUCCCCUCGCAGAGCCCCCGCCCCCCGUUCAGGAUACUUUUUCGUCUCCGGAGCCCAGGCCUCGGCGAGCACGCAGGAUAUAUGUUUGCCAUCAUGGAUCAGUUUGGAGAUAUAUCAGAAGGUGAAGUGGACCAUUCUUUCUUUGACAGUGACUUUGAAGAAGCAAAGAAAUGUGAAAGUAACUCAGUUUUUGACAAGCAAAAUGAUGACGCUGAAGAGAGAAUAGAUAAAGAUAUGGAAAAUGUAAACUUGAAAUUUGGAAUACAGAGAAGGAAAAGUGAUCUUACUGAGAAGGGAACUGAAAGAAAUGAGAAAAUUUCUCCAGAAGAACACCCCAUAGAAAAUGAUAAUAUACAAGCUAGGGACUCUUUGUUCUUGACCACUUCUUCACGAUCAAAACUGUGUGAUGCUACAGUAGAACAUAAAAUACACUUGCCUAUCCCAAGUAGCAUUCCCAAAAUUGUAAAAGAAGGUGAACGUGAUUACUAUACAGAUGGAGAGGAAAGCAGUGAUGAUGAGAAAAAGCAUCAUGUCAGGUCAAAGUCAGCUAAACCAUCUAAUAACUUCAAGAAAAGCGCAAGUAAAAAGGAUUCCAGAAGUAAUUCCUCUUCCUCUCUGUCCUCCUCGUCUUCAAGUUCUGAUACAGACUGUUCAAAUACCGCGUCUGAUGUCUGUUUAUCUGAUUCAUCUCCAUCAUUAAAGAAGCGUCUCUUUGGUGUAACCCACUUGCCACCAAAACAGAAAUAUAAACUGAGAGAAAAAUCAACAGGAGCACAAACUUCAGGUACUAAGCCAAAAGUCGGUGACUACACCGAGGAAUCUGAAGAUACUGUGACAGAUGUCAGUCCUUUAUCAACUCCGGACAUCAGCCCUGUUCAGUCUUUUGAACUGGCUGCAUCAAACAAUCAAAAAAUGAAAGUUAAAAGGCAAGAGAACGUGAGUCAAGAAGUAUAUGAAAAUGUUGAGGAUUUUAAAAAUAAUUCAAAGUCUUUGAAAUCAGACAAAAAAGGGAAAGAAAAACAUGAGCCCAGUCUUGCCUCAGUGUCGGCAGUGUUGGAUUCCAGUUUAGACCACAGAUACAAGGAAAAAGUCUUACAUGACACAAUGGACCUGAAUCAUCUUUUAAAAGCUUUUCUGCAAUUAGAUAAAAAGGGACCACAAAAACAUCACUUUGAUCAGCCUUCAGUAGCACCUAGGAAAAACUACUCUUUCACAAGAGAGGAGGUGAGACAGAUUGAUCGGGAAAAUCAGAGGCUUUUGAAAGAACUGUCGAGACAGGCUGAAAAACCAGGAAGCAAAAGUACGAUUCCAAGAAGAUCGACUGGUCCUCCACCUAGGUUAUAUCAUAGUGCUCUCAACAGACAGAGGGAACAACAAAGGAUUGAAAGAGAAAAUUUGGCUUUAUUGAAACGGCUUGAAGCUGUGAAACCAACAGUUGGUAUGAAACGCUCAGAACAGCUGACAGACUAUCACCGCAACAUGGGUUAUUUCAGCUCAUCCCCGACCUCCAGACGAGUGAGGUCCACUCUUGGCCAGUACAGCCCGUUAAGAGGAGCUUCCAGGACAUCCAGUGCUACCAGUGGUCUCAGUUGUAAGAGUGAGCAAUCAGCUUUUGACACAUCCAGUGGCCUGUUGCUAAGACCUAAGCCCCCUAAUGUCCGUACAGCUUGGUUAUAAAAACUCUUUUUACUUUAAACAUUGAUCAUCAAAUUCUUAUUGAAGUGCUUUUGUAUAUUACUAUCAUUCUCUGUAUAAACAUCUAAAUACUUCUUUAAGCAAUUUAAGGUGUACAACAGUAACUUGUAAUUUAUUGUAAUUUGAUGCAAAAUUGUUUUGAAAAAGACAAUUUAAUAUAAAAUCAGUGUUUCCUGUGAGGAGGAGUUUAUAGGAGACUUGUAUGUAUUUUACAGAGAAAUGGUAGUAUGCCGGUGUAUUUUCUCAACAUAGAAAUUGGUUCAGCUGUCAGACUGACAAAACAGUUGUGAUAGCAUCGCUGAAUGUUGGACCCAAGAUGUUUAGCUAUAUAGUUCUUGUUUGUUGUUUUUUUCAUUUCUUGUAAGCUUUAUACAUGAGCAUAGCUCCUGACUGACUUUGUUUUCUCUUUGCUUCAGAACUUGGGCAGUGUGACUUAUAACUUAAUUAUAAGAUAGUUAUUAUGAAACAAAUCUUGAAAUUUGUUUUCAUUGGUGGAGCUGAUUUAGAUUUGAUGAGCAGAUUGAGUGAAGCUUGAACUGGGGCAAUCCUUGGGAUUCACCAGAGGUGCCUACUACUUCCACAGAAGGGAACUGAGUUAGAUCUCAAACACGUUAUCAACCAUUCUGAACCAUUUCAAACUGUGAGUAUUAGAAAGCUCAACUUAGAAGCUCCUCUUUCAUGUUUUUAUAUAUUCAGGGAAAGUAGUUAAUGAUUCUGAGAAAUUAGGUUUCUUUAGAGCUACUGCAUUGUGAAUAGUUUGUCCAAGGACCAGAUCAUCAUAAGCAAAAGCAAGUAUCUAUUGAAUCAGCAAAAUAGCACCACCAGUUUGAAGAGCCAAGAAGCAGAUCCUGAGUUGUGUCAGGACAGUGUUUUAAGUGAUGCUGUUAAUGAGUUGUGUUAUCCUUAGAGUUUAUUGUUUUAAGUGAGAAGAAAAGAAAGAAAUGCAUUGUCUCGCAGCUAUAGAAAUUCCAGCUAGUGUUUUUAAGGGCUGAAAAAGAAAACUAAAAAUGUGAAUGAUAAAGGGGAAAAAAAUUUGUUGAGGCUACUUUAAAUGUCAGCUAACUUUCUUGCUUUGUUUUGGUUUGGGCAUUUGUGUUGAAUCCUGGAAGUAUCAUUUUUAUCAGUCCCACUUUUAAAGUCCUAAUAAUCUUAAAUAGAAUUAGUAAUGGCGAGUGGGGUGUAAUAUAGUUGACUUUUAAAAUUAGAAUAUUUUUCUGUCAAUCUAAAGGCUCUUAUAUUAUACAACAAAGUAUAUCUAGGUCAUGUUGCUUCUGCUGUCCUAAUUAUCACUGUUUUCAUUACUGGCCUUUUCUGUAUACCUUAAAAUGUAUUGGAAAGUUUCUAUAUUAAAUGCUAAAUCUUU